UUUUUUCUCUGAAUAUUUAUUUAAGUAAAAGCAGCUGUAUAUUUUGGCAAAUUAAUACCAGAAGGUGUAAAAAUACUCCAUUUAAAUCACGAAUAAAGUCUUAUUUCGUCGUUCAAAAAACUCCCACGGACGGUUGGCUUCUGGUUGCUAUGGAAAAUGUCCACAGCAACGGUCCCAUUGGAGGCGGAGCACUAAAAAGAUGACGGACAGCUGUAUCGACCAAUUACCGAGCUAGAAAUAUGAAGCUGGCCAAUCAGAAUGCAGCAAAAAAACAGAGCCUUAGUUAGAUAGAGAGCGCGAGGGCGGAGGCAAGUAGCAGCAGAGCCUCUGUGAGACAGCAGCCGAAAGACUAAUGGUCCAGCAUGAGGAGCCAGUCAUCCCACUGACAUGGACAAGUACGAAAAGGUGAAGAAAAUCGGGGAAGGUUCAUUUGGAAAGGCCGUCCUUGUCAAAUCCAAACAGGAUGGACACCAAUAUGUCAUCAAAGAGAUUGGCAUAUCUGGAAUGUCAAGCAAAGAGAGGCAGGAAUCUCGUAAAGAGGUUGCCGUUCUUGCCAACAUGAGUCACCCCAACAUCGUGCAGUAUAAGGAGUCUUUUGAAGAGGGGGGCUGCCUGUAUAUUGUGAUGGACUACUGUGAGGGCGGAGACCUCUUCAAGAAGAUCAACUCUCAGAAAGGAGUGCUGUUCUCGGAAGAGCAAAUCUUGGAUUGGUUCGUGCAGAUUUGCCUCGCACUGAAGCACGUGCAUGAUCGUAAAAUCCUGCACAGGGACAUAAAAUCACAGAACAUAUUUCUGACAAAAGAUGGAACUGUACAACUUGGAGACUUUGGAAUUGCAAGGGUGCUGAACAGCACUGUAGAACUGGCACGAACAUGUAUAGGAACACCAUAUUACCUAUCACCAGAGAUCUGUGAAAACAAACCGUACAACAACAAAAGUGAUAUUUGGGCCCUAGGGUGUGUCCUGUAUGAAAUGUGCACCCUUAAGCAUGCAUUUGAGGCUGGCAACAUGAAGAACCUUGUUCUGAAGAUCAUCCGUGGCUCAUACCCUCCCGUGUCCGUUCACUACUCCCAAGAACUGCGCUCCCUCUUGGCACAUCUGUUCAAACGCAACCCACGAGAAAGGCCCUCAGUCAGCAGUAUACUGGACAAAUCUUUCCUAGCCUGUAGGAUAGAGAGGUUCCUCACACCACAGAUCAUCGCUCAGGAAUUCCACCAUACUUUUCUUCACAAGCAGCCUAAAGUGGGUGCGGUGCAGGGGCCACCAGCCAAGCGUUCUGCCCCUGGCUUCAUACCACUUGCCCCAGCCCAGAAGAUCACCAAACCAGCCAGCAAAUACGGAGUGCCUUUAACUGUGAGGAAGGUGUCAGAUGCAGCCAAAAAGCCUGCAGAGAGGAAACCAGCUGUAAAGCAUAAGCCGGCCCCUCUCCCAGCAGCCCCCCAGAGAAGAGUGAGUCAAGUGGAGGAAGAGAGGAAAAAACACGAGGAUGGCAUCAGGAAGAAAAGGAUGGAGCUGAUUGAGAAAGAAAGAAAACAGAGAGAGCAAAUGUUCCUGUUGAAAGCGGACCAAAUGAAGAGAUAUGAAAAGGAGAAGAUCAAUCGUAUAAACCAAGCCAGAGAACAAGGCUGGAAGCAUGUCCUGAGUUCCAGUGGAGGUAGCAGCCCAGAGAGGAAGUGUUAUGUAGGUGGUGGAAAGAGGGGCGUCCCAAGCUCUGUGCACGGUCCUACUCCAGCCCCUGCCCCAGGUAAAAGCCCAUAUAAACACUACCACGCUGCUCUGGACCAAAUGGCUAAACCACAGCCUAAAGCCAUCAGCAGGGAGGGAUCCUCAGCAGGACCAGGCGGUCCCAUCAGAAGUGUACCGGCUGCCGCUGGCCCAGUGCUGCCCAACGGCCCUGCUGGACUCCCUGAUGCAAUCAAGAGAGAACUCCAGAGGCUGCAGCAUGUUUCUAAACAAACCCAUUUUAGUAGACAGUGUGGUCAGAUGACUCCUGGGCGGGCCUAUCAGGUUGAGGAGUUUUUACAGCGGAAGAAAGAAGCCAUGCUCAACAAAGUUCGCGCUGAAGGACAGCUGGGUACUCGGCAAAACCUGACUGCAAUCUAUGGAAGCCGGGCCAGUUCGUUUCGGUGCAGGAGGCCCAAAGCCAACAAAGAGGAGGAGGAGUACCUGUCAAGACUGAGGCAGAUCCGCUUGCAGAACUUCAAUGAGCGUCAGCAGAUCAAAGCGCGACUCAGAGGAGAGAAGUAUGACAGCGAUGGUUCUGACAGCCAGGAGUCCAGCGAGGAGGCAGAGCUCAGGAGAAAGAAGAUAGAGGCUUUGAAAGCCCAGGCGAAUGCCCGUGCCGCUGUGCUCAAAGAGCAACUAGAGAAAAAGAGGAAAGAAGCAUAUGAGAGAGAAAAGAGAGCUUGGGAGGACCAUCUUACAGCUCGGGGGGUGAAGGUUGGCAUGGCAGCAGGAAAUGUAGCAGCAGCAGCAGUAGUAGCAGUGUCAUCUACCCUUGACAGUCCUUCUCCACAGCCCAGUCCCUCUCAGCCAGACCCAGCUGCCAAAGCUCCAUCCCUGCCUGCUCCCAAACCCUCCACCCCAGCUAUAUCCAUGACCGCUGCCCUGAAGAAUGUUGGAGCUAUUACUCCACUAAAAGAAAGCCUGCCUGAGCCAGAGACUGCUACAGUCAUCCAGAGUGAGAAAAAGCAGAUUUUGCGCAGACUUAACCAGAACCUAAAAGCCCAGUGCCCAGUGGAGGAGACGGAGGAGUCGCCUCCACCCCCUGCAGGACCGAGUCCUGCUCCCCAACAGGACCAGUCCAACGCAGAGAAACGUCCCUCUUCCAGCGGAGACCGGAAGAAGUGGGAUGCAGCAGAACUGCCUGUACUUCCUGUGGUUCAGCAAACCUUAGAGGAAACUGGUGCCAUAUCCACUGCCACCUCCGUGUCUCCAGAAGUUCGACCGCCUUCUGGUGGAGACAGGAAGAAGUGGGAGGCAGGAGUUCCGCUUGUCCUCCCUGUAGCCCAACAAACUCUAGAGCAGACAUGCAUCACAACAAUCGAGCAAACAGCGGGUGAAGUUAUUCGGAUGGGUGUGCUGCAUGAAGAAGCCCGUAGGAAGGUGUGGGGUCCAGACUCUGAGGUGCUGAGAGUGCUGCAGGAGGCUGAGCUUCAGCCUCUCACCCAGCAGCUGGAGAAUGUCACCAUUUGUGAGGAAGACUUCACUAGCUCUGAUAAGCCUAAUUGGACAGCAGCAGCUGAGAGUGUGAUGACACCUAAAGAAGUGUUGCCCUCUAAGCCGACGUUGUCUGCUGCAGUGCAGAGCCCAGAGGUUCAGAAAGAGAAGGUGCACACCACACAGGCCUCGCAUCAGGAAAUGUCUGUGGCCGCUGCAGUAGAAAGAGUGACACUGCCACCCAACCUCACCGAGGCUCAGGAUCCAGCAGACGUGGAGUCGGUGGUUUUGGAAGAGAUGCCUAAACAGGCUUUGCGUCCCCCGGCUGGUGUGCAGCAGGCGUGGGAGCACGAAGCCCAACAACCAAUGCCACCAGAGGGUAUCACAAGACCAGCACUCACUAAGGAGGUUGAGAAGAGUGCAGAGAAACCAGCUGAAGCUUUCGGUUUAGCGCAGAGCGAGGAGCCUCUGUUUAUAAAGUUGUGUUCCCCGGCCCACCGACGCACUGCUGCCCUUGCAAUCCUCUCAGCCCAGUCCUCCCUGGAUGAAUCAUCCUCCUCUCUGGCCUCCCGCUCACGCUCUGUCUCACCUCUGCGCUCCAAACACCACGACGCCCUCCUCAUUGGCCUCUCUACCGGCAUGUUUGACAGCAACAAUCCAAAGAUGCUGCGGACAUGCUCUCUGCCAGACCUCAGUCGUCUCUUCAGCGCUCAGCAGGACUCUGCAGCGACCACUGCCAAUGCUGCCCCAGACAACAACCUUGAAAUCGAGGACCUGGACGAGGCAGCUAAAGUUGACGACCAGUCAGAGGCCGAAGAUGCAUAUGAGGAUGAAGACCUACGGGACAUCCGGGCCUCCAUGGAGAGGCUGCUGCAAGAAGAAGGCGACUUAAUGAGGAGCCCUGCAGAGGUCGGUGCAGGCGACUUCAACGGAAACCCAUCAGAGGGCGAAGAUCAAGAGCUUUUCAACAGCAUAGCAGCUGACAUGGAUCAUGAGAACAAUCAGAUGGCAGUAGAUGACGACGAGGAUGAUGAUGACGAUGAAGAGGAGGACGAGGAGGAGGAGGAAGAAGAGGAAGAAGACGUGGAAGAGGAGGACGAGGAGGACGAGGAUGAGGAAUGCUCUAAUGGGAGUCCUGGUGAUGAGGAUGCAGGGGAGUUGCUUAGUAACGGCGUGGGAGAGGAAAACCUAACGAAUACCUGCCAGCUCAAUGAAGAGUGGCAGUCAGAUGGCAGUGUAGAGGACCAGGGCGUCGAGGCUGCGCAACAUGACAGCAUCUUCAGCCGUCUGGAAGAACUUCGAUUCAACCUGGAGCAGCAGAUGGGCUUUGAGAAGUUCAUCGAGGCGUACAAUAAGAUUAAGGCUAUACAUGAAGACGAAGAUGAGAAUAUCGACCUGGGCUCCAGUUUUGUGUUGAGCAUCUUGGGAACUGAGCACCAGCAUCUGUAUCCCAACAUCCUUCAUCUAGUGAUGGCAGAUGGCGCAUACCAAGAAGAUAAUGAUGAAUAAUGUUUUGUGCAACCGAGCUGCCGGCAGCUAUGACAAUCUGCUAGCUAUCUGAUGUCUUCCCACCACGCACAUCGUUGGCAGAAGGAUCUAUGCAUGAGGUGUCGCAGCCAUGCAUCUAACAGUGUUUCAGGCACACUUGCAUGAUGAAUAACUAGUACACUCGAGGCUGUAUUUCAUACUUUUGACUAUCAGCACCUGGCACUAUUUUCUCACCAGUGUUCAUUCAAAAGUGCAUUAUUCAAGUCCGUGUUCCUCUUAACCAAAGUAAACGUGUUCUGUCAAAUGUUCCUGAAAGUCUGUCUGUAAGUGAAACACAUGUAUGUUCAUGUUGAUUAAUGGCAUUUAAAACCCUGUCGUGUUUCAGUUUGUGGAUGGUUCAGUCAGAAUCCGCAGAGGCAUUUUAUUUUGGUGGGCAAAGAUCUGGUCCUCUCAGGUGCUCUCUUUCUAAACGUUACAUACAAACACCAUAGCUUCAAAAAAAAAAAAAAGUACACCAGGUCAUCCUCAAAACAAGCGUACCAAGAUUUACUCAGAACCAGUCGAACCUCCUUUUCUUACAACUCUUUUCACCAAACAAGAAGUUCAAUGUUAUCUUAAUACAUUUUCCACAUUUCUUACUGUUUGAGUUAACCCAGAUUUAAAAGAUUUCUGUGAGACUGUUGCCAUGGUGCUGUGGCGUGAGAGUGGUGGGCGGGAUGAUGUGGGUCAGGUCAGAUUGAUGUCAGAGCAGAGAGCUGAUGAUGUAAGAAAUGUUAACAAUACUAAUAUUUGAUUAUAAAUUAAAUAUUGUAAAUCUUUAUAUGAAAUAAACACUUUUUUUAAAGAA